ACAAACUGUAAGGUGAGGGAUAACUUAGUCCUUGUAAGCAUCUUGGUUCUUGUUUCUGAGAAAUGAUUCCUCACAGAUAUUGCAAAUCUGGAAUUAUAUUGUCAUAACCACAGACUAUUACUAAACAGUAAAAAAUAGCUAUUUUGCUAUCUUGGUUGUCAGAAAGAGUUGGAAAAUAUUGACACCUGCUGUCAUACAUAAACAUUGCAUGUUAACUGCAAGUGUCACAUAACAUUUUGACAAGAAAGCACAUUACACACAUCGGUGUCAGAUCAACAUAUCAAGCUCUGCCAAAUUUGAAACGCUUUUUAAUCUUAGAUGCAACUGACUGAAUAGAAUACAUGAAUAUGCUAAAGAACACCUUCCUACUAUUCAGUUGCACCCGCCACCCCCCUUUGCCCUAAGAACAGUCUCAAUUCAUUGGGGCAUGGACUCUACAAGGUGUCGAAUGCAUUCCACAGGGAUGCUGACCCAUGUUGACUCCAAUGCUUCCCACAGUUGUGUCAAGUUGGCUGAAUGUCCUUUGGAUGGUGGACCAUUCUUGAAACACACAGGAAACUGUUGAGUGUGAAAAACCCAGCAGCGUUGCAGUUCUUAACACAAGCAGGUGCGCCUGGCACCUACUACCAUACCCUGUUCCAGGGCACAAAAAAUAUUUUUUUCUCUGAAUGGAACACAUACACAUGCCAUGUCUCAAUUGUCUCAAGGCUUAAACAUCCUUCUUUAACCUGUCUCCUCCCCUCCAUCUACACUGAUUGAAGUGGAUUUAACAGGUGAUACUAAUAUGGAAAUGGAAAGAGCAGGUGUUCUUAAUGUUUUGUCCACUCAGUGUAUAAAAGUAUACUAAACAUAAGGUGCAUAUCAGACACUUUCUGGUUUAGCCAUGACAGGUUGUUAUUUUACCUCUGAGGAGGCCUAUCCAUCUAGAUCACUGUCAAUCAUAUCAAGUGACUCAGGUGGGUAGCUUUAUUUCAGAAAUCCCCCUCUUAGGCAUCAAAGGCAGGGAUGUAUGACUGGCAAGGUUUAUGUGAGUGUGACUAUAUGAUAGCAUGUGCUAGAAAUGCAUGUAUUUUUAUUUUAGAUGGGUGCAUCUCAUGUGAAAACCAGUAUCGAGUGACUUUAAGCAUGGUUAGUAUAUGUUGCUUGGGAGAGGAUUAACAGUAAACCGGUGUGUGUGGGGAGCAAGUGCCAAUGCCACCACUUCACACCCUGUCGGGAGCCACUGGGUCAUACACCAGCCAAGCCAAGGACUAUUAGCAUGGCACUGUUAGAGCAGCAUAGGAGUGGGUAAUGGUCAAUGAUUAUGGUGCCCAUGCCUCUGAUAAUUUACCAGAACCAAAUGUUCAUGUUUAUGAAUUUCGAUGCCAUUUUACACCAUAUAGUGAGACGUAUGGGGAGACUUCAAUAAAGAUACAAGAAAUGGUCAGAUCUCCAAAGAGUUAGUAAUAGGCUUAGCAGGGAAAGAUGUCAUCAUCACCCUGCACAGUGAGGACUGAAUUAUUAACCAUAUCCUGGUGGGACUCAGUGGAAUGAAGUUCGAGGGCCUGUAGUUAUGUGUUGUGCAACAGAAUCAUGUAGUGUGCUCACACCAUAUAUAGUUGAUUGUAGUUGUAGUAGUUAUUUUGGCUAUAGGUCGAUAAGUAUCUACAAAAUGUGUCUUUUCCAUAUAAUAAGACAUGGGAACAUCAGAAAGAAAUGAUAAGCACAUACCCCAGCAUUUGUCAUGAUGUGGUUUUACAGUAACUGAGAUAUUUGUAACUAACUGAAAAAAAAGACUGUCAUUCAAUUGUAUCUUGCAUGUUUUGUUUGAGUCAUUACUUCAAUGUAAAUUGCAGGGUGACCCAGUUUUAAUAUGCCCCCCCCCCCCCCCAUACAGGCAUUGAUGCAAGCAUCACUAGGUUUCUAUUGGUUAAAACACAAUGGCUUCGGUUCUGUUCCUACUCAUAUUGGUUGGAACUGGAAACAGUUAAGGGGCUGAACAUAUUCCUGAUAAAAAGGUUAAAAAAAUAUAAGAAUAUGCUUAAUUUUUAUUCCUUACGUUCAGCUGCCAAUGUUUCUCUAUAAAGGCAUCAGGUAAUUAUAUAUUAUUGCACCAUUCCCUGUGUCUCUGGAAUGAAGCAUGUGAUGCUGCGGUGUGCAGGGGAGGGAGGGGUUGAAAGACUUUCUCACUCAGAGAGAGACUCGCUUCUCUACACAGUACAGUGGGGUCGGCAGGUAGGCUACUGUUGAGUGUGUGUGUAUGAGAGAGAGAGAGAGAGAGGCGGCUGAGUCGUUUCUGUGAGCGCGUGGACUGCACCAUAGCAUUCCGUACCCAGGAUACUGUCACCAGCCAUGCCUUUACCCAGUAAGGUGCACUUAUGUUAUUUGAUCUCUGGUAUACCGAUGCAACAUUUCUGAUUUGCGACACCCGAUUUUCAUGCUCUAUCAAGUCCUUGUUGGAAGGAUUUGAAGACAUCGAUGAUGGCCCUCGUGAUGGAACCUAUAAGCAAAUGGACACCUAAGCAAGUGCUGGAUUGGAUGAAAGGCCUGGAUGACUGUCUGCAGCAGUACAUUAAAAACUUUGAGAGGGAGAAGAUCAACGGGGAGCAGCUUCUCCACAUCACCCACCAGGAGCUGGAGGAGCUGGGGGUCACCCGCAUCGGACACCAGGAGCUCAUCCUGGAGGCUGUGGACCUACUCUGUGCCCUGAACUACGGUCUGGAGACUGAGAACCUGCGUACCCUAUCCCACAAGCUCAAUGCCUCAGCCAAGAACCUGCAGAACUUCAUCACAGGGAGGCGUCGAGGUGGCCAUUAUGAUGGCCGGGCCUCACGCAGGCUGCCCAACGACUUCCUCACCUCUGUGGUGGACCUCAUCGGAGCAGCCAAGAACCUGCUGGCCUGGCUGGACAGAUCCCCAUUUGUCAGUGUGACAGAGUACUCCUUACUGAAGAACAAUAUUGUUCAACUGUGCCUGGAGUUAACCACCAUAGUACAGCAGGACUGCACGGUGUAUGAGACAGAAAACAAAAUUCUUCAUGUGUGUAAAACAUUGUCUGGGAUCUGUGACCACAUCAUCUCGCUGUCCUCUGAUUCACUGGUGUCCCAGUCGGCCCAUCUGGAGGUGGUGCACCUGACCAAUAUCAUGCCCAGCGAGGGCCUGGGAAUGUACAUCAAAUCUACAUACGACGGCCUUCAUGUCAUCACUGGGACCACUGAGAACUCUCCAGCUGACCAGUGCAAGAAGAUCCAUGCGGGAGACGAGGUUAUUCAGGUCAAUCACCAAACUGUGGUGGGCUGGCAGCUGAAGAACCUGGUGAAUGCCCUCAGAGAAGACCCCAAUGGAGUCAUCCUCACCCUGAAGAAGAGACCUCAGAACACUCUCACGUCUGCCCCUGCCCUGCUCAAGAAUGUACGAUGGAAACCCCUUGCACUCCAGCCCAUCCCCACCAGUCCCAACAGUGAGUCCAACACCCCGCCCAACAGUAUGGGGACCAUGGGGAUGUCCUCUACGCUGGACAGUGGCCAUGACGUCUUCAUCCUGUCCCCAGUCUCUGGCCUCUAUGGACACAGAGACGAGAUAGGCAUCAUGUCCUGCGAUGACAUCAGCAAGUACAGCAUGGAGAAGAUGGGUAUGAAGGGCUCGGAGUCUCCCAGCUUCUACCUGGACCACGAUGGGGGCAAGUACUUCACGUUGGUGGAGGAGGAUUGUCUGGCCCUGGGGCAGGAGUACGAGACUAGGGGUCGCUCCACCGGGGUCAGGCGGAGGGACAGGACACCCACCCAUGGUGACCUCAGGCCAGUUUCCAUGCCAACGGAUUACAACUGGAUGGCAGAGACAAAGGAGCCAAAUAUGUACAAGAGAGGUAGCAGAGACUCAGACAACUCCCUGCUACGUUACCUGAGUGACGACAAGAUCCUGGUGAUCCAGGAGGAGCCAGAUGUUUCCAGGGAAUGCAAGCGGGACACUGGGCGGCGUUCCCGCAAGAAGAGCCACAACCCCAGCAGCCCCAGCUAUCCCAUCAGCCCAUCCAUGCUGGCCCCGCCCAUCAGACUGGACUCAGGACCCCCAGAGGGCCUGUCCUUCUCACUGCCUGAGAGCAACACUGUGCCAAUGUACCACAGAGCUGGAGACACACUGAGAGCUGACACUGACAGGUAUGCUAGUUUUGGCAUCGAAAGACAAGGAGGCUCAUCCAUGAGGAAGUCAUUUCACUAUGCGUCUUUAAGGACUAAGACCAAAAAGAGAACCAAAGGUUCUCUGACUAGCGCUAGCCGCAGGCGUAUCUCCUGUAAGGACCUGGGCCAUGGGGACUGUGAGGGCUGGUUGUGGAAGAAGAAGGAUGCCAAGGGCUACUUCACCCAGAAGUGGAAGAAGUACUGGUUCAUCCUCAAGGACUCCUCGCUCUACUGGUACACCAACCAGAAUGACGAGAAGGCUGAAGGUUUCAUCAGCCUACCUGAGUUCCGAAUAGAUAGAGCAAUUGAAUGCAGAAGGAAACAUGCCUUCAAAGCCUGCCAUCCCAAAAUCAAGAGUUUCUUUUUCGCCACAGACUGUUUGGAGGAGAUGAACAGAUGGAUGAACCGGCUGGGGCUGGCGGCGAUUGGCUACACACCUGACGAUAAGGUUCCACGGCCCGAUGAAGAUUAUUGGAGUGAGAGUGACCAGGAUGAGAUGGAUGGUUCUAUGACUCUGAAACAAGAGGGCAUGUCAUCUCGCUGUGACACCUACCACCGCACCCCAUCUGUGAACUCCUCCAGUCCGUUCCCUGAGCGCCACUUUUCCAGUGAGUCCACGUACUCCCACUCCUCAGCUGAGGACUCCCGUCCGGACGUCCCUGGGAGCACCCAGUCCUCCGGCUGCCGCCCCACCCUCCGCCCUACCCUCCGUGACACCCAACGCCGCUCCUGGCAGGACCUGAUUGAGACGCCUCUCACCAGCUCGGGCCUCCACUUUCUGCAGACAGUGCCGGGGGAGGGUGACAGGGGUGACGGGGGCUACGGCAGCGGCCAUAUGGGAAUGGGUCAGCUGCUUAUGUCUCCUGAGCGCCGACGCCAGGCCACACUGCCCACACAGAGGCGUCGACAACCUGACAGAGAUGGGCCCUUCCCAUUGGUGGACAUAGAGGAGCGCGAGCAGCGCCUUCACUGUUCCCACAAGCAGCGCAGCCAGAGCCUGCCCCGGAACAGGGACGUGCAGGGCACCAAGGGAAGCCUGCACUCAGCAGGACCCUCAGAGGAGAGGAGUGAGGAUGACGAGGUGCCAUUCAGAAAGCACAACUCCAAGAAACACCAAGAUUCUCAGUCUAAAGAGCGAGGUCAUGAUCAUGAGGGAGUGGAUGGCUUCCAGGAGCUGUAUCGCUCCAUAGAGCGGGCCAGCCUGUCUGCCCUGGGGGAGCAGAGGCCCUCCACUAAACAGGAUUUCAGACGCUCCUUUGUCAAGCGCUGCAACGACCCUGUCAUCAACGACAAGCUGCACCGCAUUCGUGCCCUGCGCAGCACACUCAAGGCCAAAGAGGGUGAUCUGGCCAUUAUCAGCCAAGUACUGGACGACUCCGGUCUAAACUCCCAGAAGUUCCAACAGUGGAAGCAGCAGCACCAUGAGCUGUUUGUGGACAUCUGUGAGUUCAGCUCCGUCCCGACAGAGCCCCACCCCGAGGGAUCCGACCUCUCACCCCUGUCCCCACCACUGAUGAUGCACACCCACUCCUUCAUCGAAACUCACGUUUGAGACACGAGUACUCAGAGACAGAGUAACAAGGAGACACUGUGGAAUCAUGCCAUUAUCUCUUCCCCCGCAAUCGUUUAUGCAGCCAGGGUCUACCAUCACCAUUCCCUUCAAACUAACUGACAAACCAAUCACUGUAAUAUGUGUACAUACUGCACUGAGGUCAAACAUAAGAGUAACUGUUGGUGUAUAUACUGUAUAUUGGAUAAAAUAAGGCCCCCACGGGGUGCCAUUCUGCAUGCCUGAAGAGAAACUAUCAUUCAUUAUCUUUAAAACAGAAAAUGCAACAAAUGAUAGAUUGAAAGAGAACUUAACAACAAAAAGUUGUAACUGUUUUUGGCUGAUGCAAAUGCAUUUUUUUUCUUCUAUUGUAUUUUUUCUUAUUUCAUUGCUUGCUUAAGAGGAAGGGAGUUUAGUUUUUAUUUCCUUUUUAUUUCCCCUUUAAUGCUGCUUUAAGAGAGAGCUAUGUCGGACUGGCUAAUAGGCAUCAUUCUGAUUACAACAAUGCACCCCCUACUGGGGCACCAUGGUACUGUGUGACCCUGAAACCCACGGAAAGAAAGACUCAAUCUGUUUAAAAGUAUGUACUGUAUGUAUGUAUAAGUGUGGAGAGAAGAUGGGUGUGUGAGGGAGAGAGAGAGAUGGAGGUAUUUGGCCUUUUAGUGUAUGAGGCUCAGUAGGGUUUUAUAAUGCAUUUCUGUUGUAUGUACGGAUGUUGCAUGUUUAACAUGUAUGUAUAAUUAUGUAGAUUUGGUUUGAAAUUUAAACAAAGUAGUUUAGCCAAACACAGCUCACCGGAAUGAAACUUUUACAUUUAUUGAUAUAUCUUUGUAGCUAUUAUGAUUUUGGCCAUCAUUAUAGAAUUUGUUGGUGAAAUUGAUUUUUUAAAUCAAACAUCUGCAUGGUAGUAAACAUGUACAUGUGGCCAUUGAGGUUGAGAAAUGUGUUAAAUGAAAAAUAUUAUAUUGUUUGCAUAGCAGCACCCUCUAUUUAAAACUGUGAACUAUAUACUUGUGAAUGCAAUCUUUAGAUUCUGUGACCACAGAAUCUUUUUACUUAUAUUUUUCUUAGAAAAAUGAUAUAAAAUACAAAAAGCAUUGA